AUGCGCUCGCGCUCCCCGCGCGGCUUCGCCGCCGAGCAGGCCGCGCGCAAAAAGUACACCUACGCCUUCUUCUUCCUCGUCGUCUCCCUCGUCGCCUUUUGCAUGCAGACGGAGCUGAGCGCGCACAUCCAGCACGACCUCGGCUGGGAUAAAGCCUACUGCAUGAUGUACUUUACCCACAGCUCCUGGAUCGUGCUGUGGCCCGCGCAGCUGCUGAUCUUGCGCCUGCAGCGCCUCGACCAACCCUGGCCCGUGUUUUGGCGCCGCCACAAGCAGCUGCUCAAGACGACGGCCCUCAUGGUCGAGAUGCAGACCCUCGACGUAUUUGGCACCACGCUGAGCUACAGCGCUCGCUCCGCCCGCUACAUGCUCCGCGUCACGGCCCUCGUCACCACGGCCCUCACCGUCGCCGGGCUCAGCUGGUACAUUGCCGUUAGCAUGACGACGCCCUCGGACCUCACGGCCAUUUACAACUGCUCCGCCUUCUUCGCCUACGCCUUUUCCGUGCCCCUGCUGCGCGAGCCUCUGCGCCUCGACAAGUCCGUCGCCGUCCUCAUCGCCAUUGUCGGCGUCCUCGUCGUCGCAUACGGCGACACCGGCGGCAGCGGCGCACCCGCCGGCGGUGAUCAAGCCGGCACGUCCAGCUCCGGCCCCGACGCCAGCGCCGAAAGCCGCUUCCUGGGCAACAUGGUCAUUGGCUUCGGGUCCGUCCUCUACGGCCUCUACGAGGUGCUUUACAAGCGCCUCGCCUGCCCGCCCGACGGCGUCUCCCCCGGCCGCGGCAUGAUCUUUGCCAACACCUUUGGCUCCCUCAUCGGCCUCUUUACGCUCCUCGUCCUCUGGAUCCCCAUCCCCGUCCUCAACUCGCUCGGCUGGGAAAAAUUUGCGCUGCCCGACGCCGCCACGGGCCGCCUCGUGCUCCUCGCCGUGCUCUGCAACGCCAUCUUUAGCGGCUCCUUUCUCGUCCUCAUCUCGCUCACCUCGCCCGUGCUCUCCUCCGUCGCCGCCCUCCUCACCAUCUUCAUCGUCGCCCUCGCCGACUGGGCCCUCACCGGUCAACCCUUGAGUGGCGCCGCCACCCUCGGCGGCGCCAUGAUUGUGCUUGCCUUUCUGGCGCUCAGCUGGAGCACCUACCGCGAGAUGACGGAGCACGAGGCGCAGAAGCUGGCUGUCGACCUGACGGACAGCGACGACGAGGGCGGUAAUAUGAGCGAAAGCGAUGUAUAA